UCUCCAUUCCCCAGGGCUGGAGUGGUCCGCCUGCCGCGGCUCCCAACCAGUCCGCAUUCCCUCUCCAUCCUUCCCUCCCCCCGCUUGCCGCGGCACCGGUAUCCGCAGCCACAGCCCGGAGCCGGUGAGGCGGUGUAGGGGGGAGGGGGAGGAAUCAAGGGAUGAACGCCGGGAGGGCGACGGGGGCCCCGAGCCGGACUAGGACGCCCCUGGAGCGGGAACCUGAGCCGGAGUCGGAGCCAGAACAAAACCACCGCUGCAGCCCCCUAAACUCAGGAGGCGCCCUGGCCCGCGCUCGCCCCCCAGGGCCUCAUGUCGGAACCACAGCCUGACCUGGAGCCGCCCCAACAUGGGCUGUACAUGCUCUUCCUGCUUGUGCUGGUCUUCUUCCUCAUGGGCCUAGUAGGCUUCAUGAUCUGCCACGUGCUCAAGAAGAAAGGCUACCGGUGCCGCACGUCUAGGGGCUCGGAGCCUGACGAUGCCCAGCUUCAGCCACCUGAGGAUGAUGACGUGAAUGAGGACACAGUAGAGAGGAUUGUUCGCUGCAUCAUCCAAAAUGAAGCCAAUGCUGAGGCCUUGAAGGAGAUGCUGGGGGACAGUGAAGGAGAAGGGACAGUGCAGCUCUCCAGCGUGGAUGCCACCUCCAGCAUACAAGAUGGAGCUCCCUCCCAUCACCACACAGUGCAUCUGGGCUCCGCAGCCCCUUGCAUCCACUGCAGCCGCAACAAGAGGCCCCCACUUGUUCGUCAGGGAAGGUCCAAGGAAGGAAAAAGCCGCCCCCGACCUGGAGAGACCACUGUGUUCUCUGUGGGCAGGUUCCGGGUGACACACAUUGAGAAGCGUUAUGGGCUGCAUGAGCAUCGUGAUGGUUCCCCUACGGACAGAAGCUGGGGCUCUGGUGGGGGGCAGGACCCAGGAAUUGGUCAGGGGUCUGGUGGAAGGCUACCCAGGACAGGGAUGCCUGUCAUUGAGAGGCUGCCCCCUGAGGAGCCACAACCCCAGUCAUUAGCCAGUCCCCCAGUGCAGAAUGGAGGACUCAAGGACAACAGCCUAGUGCCUUGGGCACUUGAGGGGAACUCUGGGGCCUCUGCAGAACCAACACUGGGGGCCAGAGGGAGGAUCCUGAGCCCAAGUCCAAGGCUGCCCAGUCAAGAGGCAAAUGGACAGCAAAGCAAACCAGACACCUCAGAUCACCAGGUGUCUCCACCACAGGGAGCAGGGGGUAUGUGAGCCUCAUUCUUCAUUGUGCUGAUGGACCACCAGCUGGCAGGGUCAGGGAGUAGGUGGGCAUGAAGGCCCUCCCCUUCACUGGACAGCACUGCUCCCAGUUGAGGGACCAGCUCUACUUUCACCUGGAGUUGCACGGUCUCAGGCUGAGGGAACUUGGGAAAAGUCCCUCCACUCGUGGACCCUCGGUUUCCUUCCCUUCCCCUGCCUGCCUUCCCCAACACCUCGCUCCAUAUUGAUAGAGCGUGGCAGCUGGGACCAGGUUCCUGCCUUUGGUGGGGCCCGAAAGCAAUAGCACCUUAGGCUCCCUGCCCUCUUGGCAAAAGAGGUCCAGGCCCUGGCUUGGCCUUCGUGCCCUUUAUUCACUGUCAAUAAAUCCGCUCAGACCAUUA